AUGGGUUCCUCCCAUGAGACCAUCACUGCUUCCAAGAACACCAAGCAGCAACCCAUUGCUCAAGAUGACGCCAUCACAUCCCAGCCAGACGUUGACACCGCGGCUGGUGAGGUGUCCGAAUUCGAGAAACGCAAGGCCCAGGAUGGCGAGGCCAAGUUCACCCGCCUGGGCUGGAAGAGACUGACCAUCCUCCUCAUGGUCACGGCCAUUGCCCUUGGAACACUCUCCCUGCCUGCUGCCUUUGCAACCCUGGGCAUGGUGCUCGGCGUGAUUCUUACCAUCAUCUCCGGUCUCUUGGCCAUCUUUGCCGGCCUGCUCGUCGGCCAGACUAAGCUCAAGUACCCCGAAAUCCACGAUUAUGCCGACGCCGGACGCGUCCUGUUUGGAAAGGUCGGAUAUGAGAUCUUCCACUUCAUGUGCAUCCUGCAACUUCUCUUCCUUGCUGGCUCGCACUGCCUGACGGGAACUACCGCACUCAAGGUCAUCACGGCCAAGGACGUGUGCAGCGUGUACUUCGGCCUGGCUUCUGCCGCAGCCUUGUUCAUCAUUUCGUUGCCUCCCAGCUUCGCCGAAGUGGCCAUCCUCGGCUACGUGGACUUUGCAUCCAUUGUCAUCACCAUUGGCAUUACCAUCAUCGCCACUGGCAUCCAGCAUGACCCGUCCAACCCCCUCACGGCAUCUGACUGGUCCCUCUGGCCCAAGCCCGGCAUCACCAGCACGGACGCUUUCAUCGCCGUGCUGAACCUCGUCUUUGCGUACAGUUUCACCAUCGCCCAGUUCUCCUUCAUGGACGAGAUGCACACUCCCCGUGAUUUCAACAAGUCCAUCUGGUCUCUGGGAGUCAUCCAGAUCACCAUGUACGUCCUCACCGGAGCUCUCAUCUACGCCUUCGUGGGCCAAGAAGUCCAGUCCCCGGCACUCCUGUCCGCCGGCACCACCGUCAGCAGAGUCGCCUUCGGCGUAGCCAUCCCCGUCAUCUUCAUCAGCGGCGGCAUCCUCAUCGUCACGGCGGGGCGCAUGAUCCACGGCCGCAUCUACGCCAACAGCAUCACCCGCUACGUCAACACGACCAGGGGCUGGAUCACCUGGAUGCUCACCAUCACCGCCAUCGUCAUCGUCGGCUGGUUCAUCGCCGAGGUCAUCCCCAUCUUCAGCGACCUCGUGGCGCUCAUCUCCAGCCUGCUCAACUCGGGCUUCGCGCUCUACUUCCCCGCCCUGAUGUGGUUCAUGCUCCUGCGCGAGGGCAAGUGGAACACGCCCAAGAACCUGCUUCUGGGGGGUGCGAGCUUGAUUCUGCUGGUGAUUGGGCUUUUCUUGCUUACGGGCGGUACAUACGCCGUCGUUCGCAGCAUUGUUGAAGGGUACAAGUCAGGAGGAGUCAAGACGCCUUUCACAUGUUCAUAG